AUAAAUUUUUGGCAGAAUUUUUCGAACAGCAAAGAUUUUCAUCUGAGCAUGAUACAUUAGUGCUUAUCACCUAUAAAUCUGUGUUUAUAUAAAGCGCAAGUAAAAUCAAAUCACAUUAAAGGAACUGUGGCUGGAUGUAUAAAGACGAAUUGCAAACCAAUGCUUUUUUACUGUUUGAGAUAUAUAUAACCUGUCAACCUGGAUGUCGAUGAUAUGAUAGCGGCCUGUGACACCCAGGACUUUGUCCCUUUUGGCCGGGAAUUUUGCCGACGUCAUCCUGGGAAGUUUCAGCUGCAGGUUCAGAAUGCAGUACAGGCUGAGCAUGGCCUACCACUACUUAAAUCAUUCAGGGAUAUAUCUAUACAAGAAAAUAACAAGAAGGAACAGUGGCAUUUCCGACAUCAUAUAGAUGACCCAAUUGCAACAGAAGAGGAAUUUGAUGAAGAACUGUAUGUGAGUGGUUGCACUGUAGUAUGGAGCAAAGGAGGACAGAAUGGGGCCAGAUCAGUGAUGAAAACUUUUACUGUAGAAUCUCAGGUGUUACAGGCGCUCUGGUGUAGUUUUAUUCUACCAAAAAGUGAGAUUCCUGUUAAUUCCAUACCUACAACAGAUAUUCAGGGUGAUCUACAGAAGGGAAUAUGUGUAGUGGAGUCUGGAUCUGUCAGCUGUUUCAUGGAAAAAGGAGGAGAAUUCAACACAGCUUUACCAUUUCAGGUUGCUAAUUCCUGGGUAAUCAAGAAUGGUUUAUUAUUUGAGAGAACAGUGUCACCAACAGAGAUGACAAGUGGUAAAAGAAACUCUCCCAAUCAGACGACAGUAUUCAGUAUGUUACAUCCACUGGAUGAAGUAGCUCCUGUUAUUACUAAAACAUCAGGUGUAAGUGGCUACCCUAAGAUUUCGUACUUAACAGAUAAUACUCAGCACAUAGUGUUUACCAGUGUGGAACCAUCCCUAGUAUUUACAUAUGAUACAAUGAUAGGAGUACAUACUGUAUGGAGGGUCAGAAAAGCCAGAGCAGAUGAGUGCAGUUCGGUAUGUGCCACUUUUGAGACCAGUUUCCUACAGCCCCCUGGUAACACCACUUCAAUUGGACUAAAUUUGUCAGCAAGUAAUCAUUCUCGUUUCAUCAGUAAUUUGUCAGCCCAGUCACCAAGUGUAUCUCCGAUGAGAAACUUCUCUGGUAGAAUCAGUUCUCCUGGUGGUGGAUUUAUCAGAUCCCAAAGUCUGAGUCCUGCUGUUAAUACUAUGGCUGCUGUUAGUCGCGCUCAGUCCCCAGCAGUUGUGGGUACAGCCUCAGUGAUCAGGUUCCAGUCUCCGUCCCCCAGUGUAGCCAGAAGUCCUGCUGGAUUCUUCAGGACACCACCUGUAGGUUCCUAUAAUGUAUCGUUGAUAAAUGAGAGCUACUCUGAAUGGGUAGAACCACUUAAACCAGAAGUAUGCUUUGAACAUCUAUGGACAGAACCUGCACCAGCCAUAAGAGAUGGAUCUUUAGGAAAGUCAUCCAAAGCCUUCCUGACCAGAGAUCUAUGUGGACAACAAUAUAUGUGCUAUCUUAUAUCAUACAGACAACAACUAAGAUGUGUUAAGUUUGAAGAAAGCAAUGACCUUAGUCAGCUGAUUUUUGGUUCAGUAUCUGUAAUACAGGCAAAAGAUGCUUUGCCAGUAGAGACCUUAGAUCUGUUGAUAGUUAUUGACCCUACAAAUGUAUUAUGGGUUUAUAGUGGGAGCACAAAGAUCAACAGGCUCCAUGUACCAACUUUACCUAUAGGAACAGGAUCUAUAAGUAUGUUGAGAACCGUAACACCACUUAACAGUCCUACCAGAGGUAGAAUAUUUACCUCCAGUAGACCUCCUAGUGCUAUGGAUGCUAGAUUUGAUGAUGAAGAGCUGAACCAUAUUUCUCCCGUAUCUGAUGCAGACGAGUCAGCUAACUUUGAGGAUUGUCCAGUUCCAACUGGGUUUGUUCAAGGUCUCAGGGAUAAUGUUGGAGUCAAGUUUACUAUUGAAUUAAUGAAUGGUCACCUCUGUAGAGCUGCUAUGCCUAACCAGACUAAUUCACCAGGCAUUGAAGCUUGUCUGAAUGGACUGAAACACAUGUUACCAAAAGACUUAGCCAUCUUGUUACUUGGUAAAUGGUAUACAGCAAGAAAUACUCCAGGUGGCCUUGGGAACCAGUCUGAAUGGGCCUUGUUUACAAGAUGCCUUCUCAAUCUAAUGGGCUAUGAUACUACAAGAUUAGCCUUGACAAGUCAGCAAGAUCUUGAUGUUUCUAUGUCACCAGUUGUUGCUCAAAAGAAACCAAAACAAUCUGAUCAAGGUUGUGAAGAGGACUGGGAAUGUUUGAUAAAUUCUGACCACAAUGAAUUUAUGAAUGCCACCAUGGAAUCAUCACUGGGUCUAAGUCAUGCAAGCUCAUUACCUGAUGCCACAUCUUACUCUAAGCCUUGUGGCAUCAAUACAUCUGCACAAUUAUUUGCACACAUACCAUCUAUAUUGAUGGCUUUACAUUUGGUUUAUGAGGAUAUGAAGUUGAACAUUUUACUGACAGAUGAACUUUCUAAGUUAGCUCCCAUCUUGUUGCAGAUAGCCAGUGAUUUGAAGUGCUCUAACUACACAGAUUAUUACUGUAGAGAUUAUCCACAUUUGUUUCAACAGAUUGAUGACAUUAGUCAGAUAAACAGUGAGAAUUUAACAAAGAUGCAGUACCCCGGUAUUUACAGUGAACAUGUACCAUCAGUUUACCAGUGGGUGUUGAAACACAUGAGGAAUGAAGAUCCUGGAUUAUUUCCCUUUAUACCAGCAGUGUGUAACAAUAUCAGGAAUGUUAUCUCAUUGUAUGCAUUGAUGAUGAAGAAGAAGUUAAACACAGAACAAGCCAUUGAGAGAUGUUUAAGGAGAGUGGCCCCUGCAGGCCACAGAGCUCCUACGUGUGAUUUAUCAAUGUCCAGGAGUUUCUCCCGGAGUUUCUCUAUCACUGUACCUACAGCUAGUGUAUUGGAACGGAUGGUUUUAUAUAUGACAGAACUGGGUAUGACAAAGAGGGAUUUAGAACGACUUCCAAUAGGAAUAGCUCUACCAUUUCGUGAAGCUAUAUUCCACUGUAGAUGUAAUCCACCCUCUGAUUGGCCAGAGGAGGCAUAUGUUCUCAUAGGUCGACAAGAUAUAUCUCAACUGUUAUCACUUACUAAAGCUAAGCCAGAACCAAGACCAGGUGUAAAUAAUUGGUACCAGUCUAAAAAUAAAGAGACAAAGGAAGAAGAGGAUGGCAUGGCACAUACUGAUGAAGAGCUAUUAAAACUGAGAUUUAGUGAAGAUUUAAGGGUACAAGAAGUGAGAAGACUGUUGCAAUCAUCAAGGCCUGCAAGAAUAGCCCUUGUGCAGAGACCAGAAGUCAGUGACCAUGAUUUUAUUGAAGAACAAGAGAGACAUUUGUACUCUAUUUGUAUCAGGACAAUGGCAUUACCAUGUGGAAGAGGAAUGUUCACCAUGUGUUCUUACCAUCCACUGCCUACAGAAGCUUUACCUACACCUAAAUUAUGUCUGACAGGAAGAGCCCCACCAAGAAAUGCUACUGUAGAUCUAACCCACAUUGAUACCCCACCUAAUAUGUCAGCAUGGCCACAAUUCCACAAUGGUGUGGCUGCUGGGUUGAGAAUGGCUAAUUCAUCACAGGUUGAUUCUACGUGGAUAAUAUACAACAAACCAAAGAGUAAUGAUCUGACCAAUGAAUAUGCUGGAUUCCUGAUGGCCCUUGGACUAAAUGGUCAUCUUGUUAAUCUUCAUAUGCUUAAUGUUCAUGAUUAUCUUAGUAAGGGUCAUGAAAUGACAACAGUUGGCUUGUUAUUAGGAAUGGCUGCAGCAAAGAGAGGAACAAUGGAUAUAUCAACCACCAAAGUAUUAAGUAUUCAUGUACCAGCUUUACUGCCCCCUACCUCUACAGAACUCAAUGUUCCACAUAAUGUUCAGGUCGCUGCUAUACUAGGGGUGGGGCUAGUAUUCCAAGGAACCGCCCACAGACAUACAGCUGAAGUCUUAUUGGCUGAAAUUGGUAGACCACCAGGACCAGAGAUGGAGAAUUGUAAUGACAGAGAAUCAUACUCAUUAGCUGCUGGAUUGGCUUUAGGACUGGUUAUGUUUGGGAAGGGUGGUGAACAAGUUGUGAAGUCUGAUUUAAACAUGGCUGACACACUUUGUCAUUUUAUGAUUGGUGGACACAAGAGACCAUUGAUUGGACCUAACAAAGAGAGAUACAAAUCACCAAGUUACCAUAUCAAGGAAGGAGAUGCAGUAAAUGUAGAUGUGACUUCACCUGGAGCUACUUUGGCUUUGGGCAUGCUCUACUUUAAAUCUAAUAACAGUGCUGUAGCAGAAUGGUUAAGUGUAGCAGAUACACAGUUUAUGUUAGAUCAUGUCAGACCAGACUUCUUAAUGUUGAGGACAUUAAGUAAAGGAUUGGUGAUGUGGGAUACAGUAUUACCUACUUUUGAAUGGCUGAAGAAUAAUGUUCCUGAGAUUUUACAGAGGAAUGCCUUCAACAGAGGUCAUGUUGAGGAAUCAGCUGAAGAUGACAAUAUGACUGAUUUUGAAACACAAAGUCAAGCUUACUGUAAUAUUCUGGCUGGAGCUAGUAUGGUGAUAGGUCUCAAGUUUGCAGGUACAGCUAAUCAGUCUGCAUUUGAAACAUUAAUGAGAAGUAUCAAAUUAUUCUUGACAUUCCAAACAAAUCCUAGACUGGUUGAACAAGCAGGUAAAAGUACCGUAGAGAGUUGCUUGAUGACUGUAUUAGUAUCAAUAGCACUUGUAAUGGCUGGAACUGGUAAUUUAGAAGUUUUGAGGAUCUGUAGAUACCUUAGAUCUAGAGUUGGACCUCCAUAUAACUUGUACGUUAUGUAUGGAUCUCACAUGGCCAUCAGUAUGUCUAUAGGACUUCUAUUCCUGGGAGGUUGUAGAUAUUCAUUAAAGACUGCUCCAGAGUCUAUAGCAGUAUUGUUAUGUGCUAUGUUUCCUAAGUUUCCUAUACAUAGUAAUGAUAACAGAUACCAUUUACAAGCCUUCAGACAUUUGUAUGUCCUUGCUACUGAGAUGAGAGUAGUUUUACCUAGAGAUGUAGACACAGGACAGCCAUGUUAUGUACCAAUGGAGGUCAAGUUCAAGGAUACUGAAGCUUACCAAAAUGUUUCAUUUACAACUACAGCUCCCUGUCUUCUGCCAGAGUUACAUCUCAUUCAAGAGGUACAUAUUCUGGGACCAAGAUACUGGCCGAUAGUUUUCCAUAGAGAUAAGAACUGGAGUAUACUAGAGAUACUGUUAUCUAAGCAGGGAACAUUAUAUGUUAAACAAAGAGCAGGUCAUUUGUCUUAUGUAGAAGAUCCUAAGGGAUAUAGAAGUAUGUUAGCUAAAUCCUUAACCAGUGAUCAUUCUAGUCAUUGUUUAGUCAAGCCAGAUGUUGUAAAAGCCUUUACUAGUGACACAAGAAUCCAUGCCAUGACAGAAUACUUCCUCAGAUCAAAGUAUACGGAGGCUUGUGCUAUUCUUCAGAUACUGUCAGCAGUGUUAUAUGAAUGUGUCACCAGGGAAAAACCAGAAGCUAUAAUGUCCUUGCUGGGACUUAAUCAGAUUUUAGACAAAACAGAUUUUGAUUUGAAGUCAGAGGGUGUAAUACAACUGAAGCUUGCUCUAGCAUACUAUAGAAGUAACCAUCAGAUACUCAGUCAGGAUGUAGACCACAAGAAUCAGCUGUUAAAGAUGGAGUUUUUGUUGUCUCUAAAAGCCAAACUAGAAAAUGUUCUAGACAAAUGGCAAUCAGAUCACAUGGAAUUGCUGGUUAAGUAUUUACAAGGAGAAGUUUUAAAAGGUUAUGAACUUUUACAAUUGACCCCAUAUCUGACCUGGUUUGAUAUUCCAACACCAACAAAUAUCUCAAAUAUAAUCGUAGAAGGUUCUCCAACACUACCAGUACUGUGUUCAAACUUGCCAUAUUUGUCAGUUUCUACAUUAAAGAGAAUUCUGACUGCAUGGAAGGCUGCUGUGUGAUACUAUUGUGCUAUAUUCAUUGUUCACAUGGAUUUAAUGCAAAUAAGGAUGAUGAUAUCUGUCGAGUUUGUAAAGAAACGGCUUAUGAUCUAUUGAAACUAAUAAGGGCAGCAAAUAUAAGCAUUGAAAAAUAAGAAUUAUUAUCAUGUCAUCAUCACUGAAUUAUUACUGAGUUAUACUAUUUGCUUUGAUCAGACAAUAUGUUCUAUUACUCUGUAGUAACGACUGAUGUUAUAAGAGAGACAAAAAAGUGAAAAAAAGAGAAGGAAAUUUUAGUAUAUUUAUAUGAGAUAUCAAAAUGAAAAUGCAAAUUGUUUAUCAAAUGUUGCAUAAAUAAAUGAUGUCAGGAAAUUGAAGAAACAAUUAG